AUGGAGAAAAAUAAGACGGAGAAAAAUAAGAUAGAGAACAGUAAGAUAGAGAACAGUAAGACAGAGAACAGUAAGACAGAGAACAAUAAGAUGGAGAACAAUAAGAUAGAGAACAAUAAGAUAGAGAACAGUAAGAUAGAGAACAGUAAGAUAGAGAACAAUACGAUCGAGAACAGUAAGACAGAGAACAGUAAGACAGAGAACAAUACGAUGGAGAACAAUAAGAUCGAGAACCGUAAGAGAGAGAACAAUAAGAUAGAGAACAGUAAGAUAGAUAACAAUAAGAUAGAGAACUGUAAGAGAGAGAACAGUAAGAUAGAUAACCAUAAGAUAGAGAACAAUAAGAUAGAGAACAGUAAGAGAGAGAAUGGUAAUAUAGAGAAUGGUAAGCCAAAGAAUGGUAAGCCAGACAAUGGUAAACCAGAGAAUGGUCAAGUUGAGAUUGGUAAGCCAAAGAAUGGUAAGCCAGAGAAUGGUAAGCCAAAGAAUGGUAAGCCAGACAAUGGUAAACCAGAGAAUGGUCAAAUUGAGAUUGGUAAGCCAGAGAAUGGUAAGCCAAAGAAUGGUAAGCCAGAGAAUGGUAAGCCAGAGAAUGGUAAACCAGAGAAUGGUCAAAUUGAGAUUGGUAAGCCAGUGAAUGGUAAGCCAGAGAAUGGUAAACCAGAGAAUGGUCAAAUUGAGAUUGGUAAGCCAGAGAAUGGUAAACCAAAAAAUGGUAAGCCAGAGAAUGGUAAACCAGAGACUGGUCAAAUUGAGAAUGGUAAGCCAGAGAAUGGUAAGCCAGAGAAUGGUAAGUCAGAGAAUGGUAAGCCAGAGAAGGGUCAAAUUGAGAUUGGUAAGCCAGAGAAUGGUAAGCCAAAGAAUGGUAAGCCAGAGAAUGGUAAGCCAGAGAAUGGUCAAAUUGAGAUUGGUAAGCCAGAGAAUGGUAAGCCAGAGAAUGGUCAAAUUGAGACUGGUAAGCCAGAGAAUGGUAAGCCAGAGAAUGGUAAACCAGAGAAUGGUCAAAUUGAGAUUGGUAAACCAGAGAAUGGUCAAAUUGAGAUUGGUAAGCCAGCGAAUGGUAAGCCAGAGAAUGGUAAACCAGAGAAUGGUCAAAUUGAGAUUGGUAAGCCAGAGAAUGGUAAACCAAAAAAUGGUAAGCCAGAGAAUGGUAAACCAGAGACUGGUCAAAUUGAGAAUGGUAAGCCAGAGAAUGGUAAACCAGAGAAUGGUCAAAUUGAGAAUGGUAAGCCAGAGAAUGGUCAAAUUGAGAUUGGUAAGCCAGAGAAUGGUAAACCAAAAAAUGGUAAGCCAGAGAAUGGUAAACCAGAGACUGGUCAAAUUGAGAAUGGUAAGCCAGAGAAUGGUAAACCAGAGACUGGUCAAAUUGAGAAUGGUAAGCCAGAGAAUGGUAAACCAGAGAAUGGUCUGAUCUGA